AUGGCUCCCCCAGUUGCACUCGAAACUCCACAAGCUGGCAUUCUCCCCAAAACACCAAAAACCCAACAUGACCCAGUAGGACCAAGCCAGGCUGGCACUACACUAUUCAACCCAGCAAAACACCUAUCCUUCUCGCCACCCUCCAAAACCCUCCAAAUGUCCGACCUAGCCCUCGAGCCGACACCCCUCUCCAACGUCGCAACAACAGAACCGUUUCCACUCCUCUCCCACGACGCAGUCCUUGCGCACCGCCGAGAGAUAUUCAGCCCUGACGUACUCGACAACUGCAUGCACCACACACGACCGGGCUCCGUGCAGAUCCGCGGGAUGGCACCGCGCUACGCCCCCUUCAUCCACCAGUUCUGGCACUCCCCUGAAGUCCUGAGAAUCAUCAGCAACGUUGCGGGCGUGGAACUUGUUCCGGCGAUGGAUUAUGAGAUCUCGCAUGCUAAUGUGCAGCUCGGGGGUGGGGGGUUAGAGGAGAUGAAGGAGAGGGAGGCUGUGACGGAUCAGACGAAGCCGAUUAUUGAGUGGCACAAGGACUCGCAUCCUUUUGUUUGUGUUGUUAUGCUGUCUGACGCGAGACAUAUGGCUGGGGGUGAGACAGAGUUGAUGAAGGGGGAUGGGUCGACUUUGAAGGUGAAGGCGCCGCAGAUGGUGAGUUGGCGAUAUAUCACGCACACCGCAGCGCCGGUAACUAACAUGCCGGAAAGGGUUACGAUCGUGACGUCUUUCCGGCCAAAAAACCCUAUGCUGGUGGAUGAGAUGACGAAUGCAAACAUCAGGAACAAGUCUCAUCUUUCGGAGCUGUACUACCAGUGGACAACGUAUCGUCUGGACGUGCUGGCAGAGCGUGCGCGGAUAGUUGCAGAGACGCUGCGCAAGCGCUACGAGGAGAAUGUCAAGCAGUCAGAUCCAGAAGGAAAGAAAGGCCUGUGUCGUAUCGAGACGGUGGACGUCGCCGCGAUGCAGAAAUGGGCAGACGAGCAGAUUGCUUAUAUCCAGCAGACCAUGUACGAGAUGAGGCCGCUUGGGCAGUAG